CACUCUGGAUGUACCUGGCAGCUGGAUUACUUAACAUCAUGGAUAUCUCCCUACAGCAUGAACAUCUGCAGGAGUAUCUUCAAAGUGCGGCCACCAAUGGGAACUUUACCGGACCCAACCCGUACGGGCUCGGGCUGAAUGGGUCCGCCCUGUUCGGUGGGCUCGACAAGAAUGGCACGGAAGUCACCAUUACCGCACCAGGACACACCGACUCUACCGUGGCCGUCAUAAUCGUGUACUGCGUCCUAUUUGUGAUAGCGGCCGGCGGCAAUCUGUCGGUUGUCAUAACACUGUUCCGCUCCAGACGCCAUCGUCGUUCGCGUGUCAGCCUCAUGAUCUGCCAUCUUGCGGUGGCCGACCUAAUGGUCGCAUUCAUCAUGAUUCCACUGGAGGUCGGGUGGCGUAUCACUGUGCAGUGGCAUGCCGGCAAUGUGGCCUGCAAGGUGUUCCUGUUCAUGCGCGCCUUCUGUCUGUAUCUGAGCUCGAACGUGCUGGUGUGCGUGUCGCUCGACCGCUGCUUUGCUGUGAUAUAUCCGUUGCGCGUGUCGGACGCCCGGAAGCGCGGCAAAAUUAUGCUCGGCGGUGCAUGGUUCAUUGCGUUUGUCAAUGCGAUGCCACAGAGCAUCAUCUUCCGCGUGCAGCAACAUCCGCAAGUGCCGGGGUUUACGCAGUGCGUCACCUUCGGCUUCUUCGCUACGCCAGGUCUCGAGACGGCCUACAACCUGUUCUGCGUGAUAGCCAUGUACUUCCUGCCGCUGAUGAUCAUCAGUGGUGCCUACACUGUGAUUCUGUGCGAAAUCUCGAACCGGUCGCGGGAAAAGGGGACAGGCGAUUCCACCUCGACCGGCCCAAUGCGACUUCGAUGCAGCGACCUAACGCAUAUUGAACGGGCCCGUCAGCGUACGCUACGCCUCACCAUCACGAUUGUGGUUGUGUUUGUCUGGUGCUGGACACCGUACGUCGUCAUGACACUAUGGUACAUGUUCGAUCGGGAAAGCGCGGCAAAGGUGGAUGUGGCCGUGCAGGACGGAUUGUUUCUGAUGGCCGUCUCAAACUCGUGCAUGAAUCCGCUGGUGUACGGUUCGUACGCGAUGAAAUGUAGACUGCCCUGUCGGCGCCGCAACACGCUCGGCGGUGCACAAACACCUAAUGCAGCUCAGCGACGCUCUACAGAUGCCGUUUCGGGAAUCAUUGGACCACACUCGGACCGUUUGACCGGACGGGAUAAUAAGGAUGAGCUGUUGGUAGCGGACCACCGGAGCAUAACGAUGAACCACCUCAACCAAAACGGUACCAUUGCGCUGCUACAACCGACAGCAUCUCUGCUCCGCUCGACAGGCGGUGGUGGUGGUGGUGGUGGAGCGAUUGGUGCGGGUACCAGCGGGGUAAUAGCCGGUGGCUCCGGGUUGGCUACGACGGCAACGACCCGUUUCUACAAUCGUCUUAGCAGUGGCAACAUCAACAACACCAACUAUCACGGCAAUAUGGUGAAACACACGUCAGUGACGGGAAGUAAAGCUGGACUGGGCUGGGAGUUGGGAGGUGUGAGCAACCAGCGGAAGGGCGGUGGAAAAGAGCACCAUUUCCGGAUGAGCUACUGGACCGGUGGCAGCGGGAAAGGAUGCAAUCCAAGCCGCACCGAGCUAGCCAAGCUGGCCGACGAACAUUCGGUAAUGCUGUCGAGACCUUCGUUCUACUCUGACCCGACACCGCACGAGCUGGACACAUCGGUUGAGUGUGGAUUGACACGCAGCCUGGACACUGGCGGAUGGCGAUGAUGAUCACAGGGCUGUUGGUGAUCCUCGCCACAGUACUACGACAAGGUCGCGAUCGCUACGGUUGUAAUGGUACGCAACGGACUCAUCAAAACCAUCGAUGCGCGACAUCAACGU